GCUCGCAAGUCGCAACAGCCAUGCGCCAGUUGGCAGCGUUGUUGUGGCAGGAUGUGUGGUCGCCUAAACGCUUGUGUGAUAAGUUAGCGAAUGCUUAGUUAAUGAAAGUGGGGUGAGUAUCUGCUAAAGUCUGACUUAACAAAGGGACAGAGGAGGGUGGCGGUGAGCGCAGCGGAGCCUCUUAUCUGUCGGCUGCGAGUGUGACAGCACAGUGGGACUGCCAUGUAGUUAAAGGAAGAAGAAUGAGCAGUCAGCAGCACACUUCAACACAAGGGACAGACGACUACACGGUCCAGCAGGAAAAUGAGCUAGAAGCUCUCGCGUCUAUCUUUGGAGAUGAUUUCCAGGAUCUGCGGAACAAUGAUCCUUGGAAGGUUAAAAGGCCUCCAGAGGUGCAUCUCUGCCUGCGGCCCAAAGGGCUAAACAAUGGACAGGAAUGCUACGUGACUGUGGACUUGCAUGUCAAAUGCCCAUCCACAUACCCUGACGUGCCCCCGGAGCUGGAGCUGAAUAAUGCCAAAGGUCUAUCGAAUGAAAACAUCCAGAACCUUCAGAGUGAAAUCACCAAGCUGGCUGCAGUACGAUGCGGGGAGGUGAUGAUUUACGAGCUAGCAGACUAUAUCCAGGGCUUCCUGAGUGAGCACAACCAGCCCCCGUCAAGCUCCUUCCACGAGGAGAUGCUGAAGAACCAACGCAGACAGCAGGAGAAGCGAGCCCAGGAGGAGCAGCAGAAGAUGGACCAGCGGCGCAAGCAGGAGGAGGAGAUGGAAAAAGAGAUCAUGGCUGAAAUCCAAAGAAGAGAAGAUGAGAAACGAGAGGAAAAGAGAAGAAAGGAGAUAGCCAAACAGGAGCGACUUGAGAGUAUGGAGCAGCCAGUCCCUGCUAACGGCUCCAUGUUAGGGAGGAGCCCACCCAGCCCGGGUGGAGCUACUCCUGAACUCAUAGAAGCCAAGAAAGCAGCCACUAACCGCCGUCGAACUGCCUCAAAUACACGCCACAGACGUGACACAAUUAAUGAAGACAACCCACGCUCCCAAGAGCUUCUUCACUUCCACAGCAGCACUUUUGGAGAACUUGUUGUCCACAGAGGGAAAAGCUUAGGUGUAAGCGAGAGGCUCGGCCGCAACGCUUAUAAUGGAUUUGAGGCAAACUCAGGGGACUUUGCUGUGAUCUACGAGUGGUCUCUACGCUGGAACCAGAAGUUGGGCAAAUUCUUCACCAGCCAGGAGAAAGGAAGGAUUGAGAACUGCAAAAAGCAGAUCCACGGGGCAGAGAAUGAGUUCAACUCCCUCCUGCGGCUGGAUCACCCGAACUUGGUGCACUACAUGGCGCUGAGCUCCAUUGAGAGAGAGGACUGCCUCAUAGUUAACCUGCUGGUGGAGCAUGUGCCCGGCAUCAACUUGACCAAAAGCCUCAUCAGCCACACCCCGGUCCCUUUGGAUAAACUGUGCCACUACACGGCCCAGCUGCUGGCUGCUCUCGACUACCUUCACUCCAACUCCGUGGUCCACAAACAGCUGGGGGCCUCCAGCGUGCUGCUGGACUCCGAGGGCAACGUCCGACUGACUGAUUACAGCUUAUCGAAGAGGUUUGCUGACAUCUGCAAAGAGGACAUUUUAAAAAAGUUUUUAAAAAAAAAAAAAAAAAAAAAAAAAAAAGGGGGUGUGGAAUGCAACUUGGGGCUGAUGCUGCUGGCUCUGAGUCAGGGGAAGGAGGUGCAGCAGUAUCCAGUGACGGUGCCAGCCAGCCUGCCUGCUGACUUCCAGGAUUUCCUCCACAAGUGUGUGUGCCUGAAUGAUGCGGAACGCUGGACAACCCAGCAGCUUUUAGACCACUCCUUCCUCAAGCCUCCAUCGCCUAAAAACCUGCCACAGCACCAGGAGACCAGCCCAGAAGAUCCCGCUGUGGACUUUCCAUCAUCAGUCAUCCCACAGAGCCACAUCUUCAAUGGUCCAUUCAGCUCCGGGGAGCUGAGGCAGUUUUCUCGCUACUUUAAUGAGUUUGAGGAACUCCAGCUUCUUGGAAAGGGAGCCUUUGGUGCUGUUAUUAAGGUUCAGAAUAACCUAGACGGCUGCUACUAUGCUGUGAAGCGCAUCCAGGUCAACCCGGCUAGCAAACAGUUCAGACGGAUCAAAGGCGAGGUGACGCUGCUCUCGCGCCUUAACCAUGAGAAUAUCGUCCGCUACUACAAUGCGUGGAUCGAGCGGCAUGAGACGCCGUCGGGAGGGGUGCUGAGCAACACCGACAGCUCUGAGCCUUUGAGCACUCCCGACAAGCCUCCUCAGCGCAAAGAGCCUCGGCAGCGCAUCAACGAGCUGGGCCUCGCUGACAACGCAGAGGACAUCGCGCCACCUCCAGCCCUGUCGAGCUCGGUGGAGUGGUCCACCUCCAUCGAGAGAUCCUCCAGCGCCAAAUGUAGCCGACACCAGUCGAGUGAUGAAGAUGAUGACGACGACGACGAAGAAGAUGUGUUUGGGGCCUCUUUUUUGCCAUCGGACAGUGACUCAAGUAGUGACAUUAUCUUUGACAAUGGUGAUGAAAGCACAGACGAGAUGUCAGAGGUUGAGCCAAGCAAAAUGCCAGUGAUCAACACAAUGGAGAGCACAGACUCCGAUCGACCCCUCCUAAUAGCACAUCACUUGUACAUACAAAUGGAAUACUGUGAAAAGAGCACUUUAAGGGACACAAUAGAUCACGGCCUGCACCAGGACCAGAAUCGGUUAUGGAGACUCUUCAGGGAAAUACUGGAUGGCCUGGCUUACAUCCACGAGCAGGGCAUGAUUCACAGGGACUUGAAGCCUGUCAACAUCUUCCUUGACUCACAGGACCACGUGAAGAUUGGAGACUUUGGCCUGGCGACAGACCAUCCUGCUAAUGUGGCUGCAGGUCAUUUUGAAGUGGAGGAGGGUGGCUCAGCAGUGAUGCCCAAACCAGACCCAACAGGUAACAUGACAGGCAUGGUUGGUACUGCGCUCUACGUCAGUCCGGAGGUUCAAGGAAACACCAAAGCCACCUACAACCAAAAAGUGGACCUGUUUAGCCUGGGCAUCAUCCUGUUUGAGAUGUGCUACCGGCCCAUGACCACGGGGGCCGAGCGGAUCUCUGUCCUGAGCCAGUUACGUGUGGAGCCCAUGGUCUUCCCUGAGGACUUCACUGCGUAUGAGCAAGGAACACAGAGGAAAGUGAUAGAGUGGCUGUUGAAACACGACCCGGCCCUGCGGCCCACAGCCCAGGAGCUGCUGAAGAGUGAACUGCUGCCUCCACCGCAGAUGGAGGAGUCUGAGCUGCAUGAGGUGCUGCAGCACACCAUGGCCAAUAUCAACGGCAAGGCCUACCGCAACAUGGUGGGCCAGCUGUUUGCCCAGAACACCUCUCCGGUCAUGGAUUACACCUACGACAUAGACCUACACAAGGGCAGCUUCAGCUUUAACAGUGCCAAAUUGCAGCAGCAUGUGUAUGAAACAAUCACCAGGAUCUUCAAGAAGCAUGGUGCGGUGCGUCUCCAGACACCGCUGCUCCUCCCCAGAAACAGGAAGUUGUAUGAUGGCAGCGAGCUGGCCUGCUUCAUGGACCACAGCGGAAUGCUGGUUACACUGCCCUAUGACCUCCGCAUGGCGUUUUCAAGAUUCGUUGCUCGCAAUAAUAUAACUCAUCUGAAGAGGUAUAGCAUCGAACGCGUAUUCCGCCCCAGGAAGCUAGAUCGCGCGCACCCAAGGGAGCUUCUGGAGUGUGCCUUUGACAUCAUCACACCCGUCACUAACAGCCUUCUCCCUGAUGCCGAGACCAUUUACACCAUUUAUGAAAUAGUCCAGGAAUUCCCUGUGCUCCAGGAAAGGAACUAUAACAUUUACCUGAACCACACCAGCUUGUUGAAGGCCAUCCUGCUCCACUGUGGAGUCCCUGAGGACAAACUGAGCCAGGCCUCCACGAUACUGUGUGACGCAAUGAGCGAAAAGCUGACCAAACGUGAGGUGGAGGCAAAGUUCUACAACUUUCCCCUGUCAACCAACAGUUUGCAGAUGCUGUUCAAAUACAUAGAACAGAAGGGGAAUCUGCAGGACCUGGCGCCACUGCUGACAUCACUCACCAAACAGAAGACCGCCGUCACCCAGCUGGCCAAGCAGGGCCUCAAGGACCUGGAGGAGCUCACAGUGCUACUGCGUAGACUGGGAGUUAAACUGCAGGUGGUGGUUAACUUAGGCCUAGUAUACAAGGUGCAGCAUCACUCUGGGGUCAUCUUCCAGUUUGUAGCUUUCAUCAGGAAACGCAAGCGAACUGUUCCGGAUAUAGUGGCUGCUGGAGGACGCUACGACCACUUGAUCCUGGAGUUUCGAGGGCCAGCUCCCACAGUGCCGGUGCCCUCUGCAGUCGGGGCCAGUGUGGCCCUGGACAAAGUGUGUGCUGCUAUAGCCAACAUGGAGGAGCCACCAUCAGUAAGCUCCUGCGAUGCGCUGGUGGUCCCCGUGGGGCAUUCUUCAAUGUCCAGAGCCAUCAAUGUUGUCCAGAAGCUGUGGAGCACCGGCGUCUCUGCAGACAUCGCCUACGAUGUCUCACAGUCUCAGGAGACAUUGAUGGAGCACUGCAGGCUGGUCGGCAUCAACUGCAUGGCCCUGGUCUCUGACAAGGAGGGAAACUACGUGAAGGUCAAAUCCUUUGAGAAGGACAGACAGUCUGAGAAACGGAUCCCUGAGUCGGAUUUGGCGGACCACAUCAUUCAGAAGUGUCGGACCAAAUUCUUUGAGGAAAGAAACACCAGAGAAAUCUCUGAAAGCAUGUCGCAGAACCCUAAAGGAUCAAUGCUCAACACCACAGGCUCUUCAGAACAGCAUGGGAGCAAUGGAAGCAUUAAUGUGAACGUCAUCAGCCCGGAAAAAGUUUCUUCCAGCGCUAGACGACGCUAUGAGACUCAGAUCCAAACCAGAUUACAGAAUUUCGGCAGCAAUUUGCAGAACAAGAGCAAUGACAUUGAGGUUCUGGCAGUGGACUUGCAGAAGGAAACGCUGAUCAACUUCCUGUCUCUGGAGUUUGAUAGCGAAGAGCAGUUCAACAGCAGUGUGAAGACUCUGCUGUCUCGUCUACCCAAGCAGCGCUACCUGAAGUCCAUCUGCGAUGAGAUCCACCAUUUUAAAAUUACCAAAAAGGUGGCUGUGGUGUUGUUGUACAGCUACAAGGACGACUAUUACAAGAUCCUUCUCUGAAGACCAGGGGGGUUCCACUGGCCUGGGAGAUGUCCCACUCAGCUUGAGGCUCAGUGGGCUCAAAGAGACUGUUUUCAACCUUGGACCUACAGAAUCCGCUUGAAGACUUACAGACUCGUAGCUUUUCUUUUUGGAAAGCAAGAGCCCCAAAGACAUGAAGUUUGUUUGUGUGUGCUUUUUUACCAUGUUGAAUAGUAAUUCAGCUGUUUGACCCAAAAUCCAGAGCUUUCCCAAAACCUUGCAGUGUUUUGUGGUCUUUCUCAGACAACCAUGGACAACUUGACUUUAUUGCCUUAAUAGAACUAUAGAAGGUGAAAGAGAAAUGGCUUUUUACUGAAGAUUAUGUCCGAUAAAGGCAACAAUUUUACAUGUCUAAUUAGCAACGGGGUGGAUAGUAGAAAUAAAUCACCUUUUCCCACAUGAA